GGCUGAUGUUAGCGCGAGUCGUUUUCGGCUUGUUGUCCGUAGUCGUCGUGGUCUGCUCUCUUUUUCUGGACGCGCUGCUGCUGUUGCCGCACCCACGUCCAUGUAUUUGUACUAGAGAGGCGGAGUUAAAGGAGGAGGGGUGAAAGGGAAUAUAGAGAGCAAAAGGAAAGAAAUCGACUUUAGGGUGGCUCUUAAGGUGGUGGGGGAGGCAAUAAAGCCAAUAUCUUUACCGUUUAUUGAAAAAAGAAUCGAUAACCUACGCGUAGAGACUGGCGACGGUGUUUCUCCAGUGGAAAGGAACCUAGAAUAACUUGCAAUGAAUGGUGACUCUGGUGUCGGGGUGGUUACUUCUCCACCUCCGUCAACUGCUCCGCACAAGGAGAAAUACUUUGACCGAGUUGAUGAGAACAAUCCUGAAUACCUCAGAGAAAGGAAUAUGCCACCAGAUUUGCGCCAGGAUUUCAAUAUGAUGGAGCAGAGGAAAAGGGUUUCCAUGAUUCUACAAAGUCCGGCUUUUUGUGAAGAAUUGGAAUCAAUGAUUCAGGAACAACUCAAAAAAGGAAAAAAUCCUACUAGUCUACUUGCAUUACAACAGAUUGCAGAUUUCAUGACAACAAAUGUACCUAGUAUGUACCCUGCUGCACCACAGGGUGGAAUGGCUGCAUUAAACAUGAGUCUUGGAAUGGUUACCCCUGUGAAUGAUCUCCGCGGAUCAGAAUCUGUUGCGUAUGAAAAAGGGGAGAAAUUACUACGUUGUAAGCUAGCAGCCUUCCACAGACUGGCAGACCUCUUUGGAUGGUCACAACUUAUCUACAACCACAUAACAGCCAGAGUCAGUUCUGAACAGGAACAUUUCCUCAUUGUACCUUUUGGCCUCCUUUACAGUGAGGUCACUGCAUCUAGUUUGGUCAUUGAAUCAUUUGAUGGUAAUUUCGUUCUGUUUAUUCAGGGUGAGUUGGUGACUGCAUCAAAGGCAAUCAUUGAGAAGGAAUAUCAACCACGGGUAAUCGUGAGCACUGCCCCAAAUCCCUUCAACAAACUGACAGACCGUGAACUUGAUGAGUACCGGAAAGAAGUUGAACGCAAGCAGAAGGGGCCUGAAGCUGAGAAUGCUACAGCCCAAAUUGGUGAGACCUUGGCAAAAGUUGAGUUCACUCAAGUGCACCAAGAAUGCCCUGAUGGCAAGCCAGAUGACAUGGCAAUUAUAUCGCAAAUGCACCCUAUCCCGGAGAAAGUGGCUGAUACCGAAGUUGAUCAAAACCAAAGUCUGCCCUCAGUGCAUGAACCUGUCCAUAACCAAGAUAAUACAACAGAAACAAAAUCUCACAUCAGCCAAGGAAACUCUACAAAGGGAGAGUCUCAUUACAGUUACAAGCAGAUGUUGGAUCAGGAACCUCCCUGCAAUGUAGGCCAGGUCUCCGUGCAAUUCAGUCCAGAACAUGUGGACAGAAAAGAAUCUCUACAUAGCCAGUUACGCAGUGCUGUUGUCAAGGCACUUGCUAGUUCUGGUGACCGUAUUCCUUCAUCUGACCCUUCAGGUACUGGUCAGCAGGAGGUUUUAGAGUCCCAGUCAGUGGAUGAAAAAGUAAAUGAUGGACAGAGUCCUGCAGACCACACACCUACCCGCACUCCUCCCAGCACUCCAACAAAAUUAGAUGAUGAAUUGCAAGUGGAACAGACAUGCAAGGAUGACAGUGCUGCAACUUUCCAACAGUCCCUGCCAGACCUCACCCCUGAUGAGCCCUCGGAAGCGCUGACCUUCCCGACUUCUGGAAAAGAGGAGUCGGACAGCCCAAGCAAAGAUCUGAGUAGGAAGCUUGAUGAGCUGACCACGGCUGAGCUCCAAGAAGUGCCCUCCACACCACCACCUGAGCAGGUGCCAACGCCACCAGCUGAGGACAUGGCAGAUGCAGCUAGCGAUGAGUCUCCCAGCAAGUCACCUUCGAAGAAGAAGAAAAAGUUCCGCACUCCUUCCUUCCUGAAGAAGAACAAGAAGAAAAGCGAAUCCUAAAAAAAAUUUAGUCUUUACCUGGGGAAGGCAGGAUGCCCUCAUUUUGCAGACCGAUUCUAAUUCAUUUUUAGAAUGUACAAGGUUGUAUUGUUUAGUGUUAUGUCUUAUUAAAAACAUCCAUGUAACGGAAUGCAAAGAAACGUCUAGUAUAGCUUGAUUGAUAUGGAAAGUGACAGGACAUUUUUUGACAUAAAACAAAAAAAAGGUGCUAAUCCUUUCAGUGCAGUAGGUGCAACCCGCUAAGUGUUUAAUUGCAGCAUGGUUUACCACUUUGGGGUGAGGUAGAAGAAUAAUGAAACCAGAGGAAGCCUUUUUUUAACACGAUUAUAUUGUAAUGAUGAAUUAAUUGCUUUGUCGAUGUAAUAUGCAGAUAUUGUAGUAAUGACAUAAAUUUUACUACAGGUGAGACAUCCUGUGACUGUUAAAUACCAGCCAUCUGCAAUGCUGCCUAAAUGGUGUGGGGAUGUGUUUUAAAGGAAGGUUAUUACAUGUGACUUGUAAAUUGGCACAGAUCAUGAGUUGCUUACUUUAUAAAUGAAAAUGAAUGCUGUAGGUAAAUUGCUGAAUCAUGACUAUCAUCUUUUCAGUUUCAGGCAAAUUUCUCUCCUUGGUUUGUCUGUGCACAAUUUUUAAAGCAAUUGUUGACUGCAGCCCAUUGGUAAACUUGGUACGGGAUCUGUCAACAAUGCUUGGUUCUAUCCUGGGAAUUGUCACACAAUGAGUUUCCACUUUUGGAUAUUUCUCGGAGCGAGGUGGUCGGCAUGACCAAUCUUCAUUGUUUUGUGUUCAGGAGCUUAACAUGAACUGGUUGAGUGGAUCUGGUGACUCACUCACCCAUUUUUGUUUGCUACACCAGUCAAAGUACAUUGUGUGGUUGUUUGGAAGGGAGGGGAAAAAAGGUACACAACAUACCUGUAUUUUACUAACAGAAGAGUUAGAUCCAGCUGAUGGUAAAGUCGUGCUUCAAUGCUGGAAUUGUAUGUAAAACAAAAUUAAGACUUGCAUUUAUAUAGUAUUCUAUUGUAUCUCUAGAGAAACCGCUCCAAUUAUUUUGAAGUGCAGUGAUUGUUUAUGUAGGUAUAUGUGGCAUUUAAAGGAUGUUUCAUUUAGCUGGGAAUUCUGUGUAAUGGCUAACAUGUUGUGUCCCUUUUUUAAUAUAUUGCUUUGAAAUGUAACAGAUUCAGCAACAGAGUUAUUAUGUUUCUAAGAUUUGAUGCCUGAAAGAGAAAUUGGAUAGAAAGGAGAGGGUCAAUUUUUGCCCUGUGCCAAGGCCCUACUCUGUUACUAAUGGAGGAAAAUAAAUUCAUAAAAUCCUACAAUGUGAACAAUACAAAUAAAAGCCACUUGAGGCCUGUUUUUAAUAAGGCAACAGCCAAAGCUACUUGGAAUAUGCCAUGUACAUGCUGCCUGACCCAUCCUAUCUUCACUAAACAAGGAGAGGAACAAUCUCUGCAGAAUGUCCUUAAUUCUUUGUCGUGAUACUGGAUAUGAAAAAUUCACAAUUUUACAUAAUUAAAACACAUGGUCUAUUUCUUGCAACUGAUGUUCUCAUAAUCUUAAUUUCUCCAAUAAAUAUGGAGACGAUUGCUUUUAAAACUUCUGAACAGUAACAUAAGAUUGGUGGAAACCUACACAAUCCACUGGGGAGGUAUUGGUGUACAUAAAUUACAUCAUUUGGCGCUAACCGCCUACUCCCUCUACACAGAAAACUUCAGGCACCACUGCCUAUGGUUUCUGGCUGAAAUUCCUUCAUCCCCAGUGGGGAAGCCUUGGUUCGGGUAUCUGUAACUUUUAUGCUGGAGACUUAACAAUGUGGUUCACAUGUUGAAGCCCAGCUGCUGACUUCCCCUUUCAAAGCAGGUCUGCUGGUGGGUUGAGGCAGGGCCAUAGUGGAAGUGGCAGCAAAUCAAAAAGCAAGGAGUAUGUUUUGCAAAUAAGAUAUGUAACGAGGACUGCAUGGCAUUUCUGGCUUUCCGCUUGUAUUUUACCCUUGUAUGACUUCUGUACACCAAGCAAUUUUAAGCUCAUUUUUGUUAAACAGUUAGAAUUGUCAGACUUGAAUAUUAACCACAUGCCAUCUCUAAUUAUUCCAGUUUUGAUUCUUGUUUCAGUUCUUAAUCAUCUCCACUUAUAUAAAAGAUUUGUAAACUCUGAUUUUUAUUCUCUUUCCAAUUCUUCUACCACUACAUGAAGUAAAAGAAUUUAUUACUUUUGAAGAAAUUUAUUAAUUUUGUUUUUUUAAGUUCCAUUGUAACAUUUUUGAGUUUCACUUAUGAAUAAAUUUUUUUCUUUAAACCUUAAAA